AAAAUCCAUCUAGCCCUACCCUAUCUAAAAAACGUGUUAGUGAACCUACCUUAUCAGAUAAAUCAUCUAAUAAAAAAGUAAAGAAACUGGUUAAAAAGGAAUCAAAUAUAUUAGAAGAUCUUAUAAAAGAAUUAUCUACUGAACCCGAAACUCAAGUUUCUGUAAUUAAAAAAGAAAAUGCUAUUAGUUUUAAUGAUUUAUAUAAUAAUAUAACUAAUUCAGAAAUGCAAAAUGAAAUUACGAAUCGGGAUGUUAUAACCAACUAUUAUCUCUUUGGUAAAGCUCUAUCAGAACGACUUAAGCAUUAUGAGAAAACAAACCCUCCAUAUGCUUCUUUGUUAUUAGUUAAUGAUAAAAUUAGAAAACAAAUCCCUAAUAUUACAGAUACUACAUUGUGGAAGAAAGUAGAAAGAUCACGAAAGCUUUAUACACUCUUUAUUAAUAUUGGAGAAGAUAAAAUUCAAAGAGUUAAAUCUUUUAGUGCUUUAACCAUUUCAAAAUUAAGUAAGGAGGAUAUUGAUAAUAUUAUACUUAGCAUUUUGAAACCGAAAAAUUAA